AUUGAUGGAAGAACUUCAUUCUCAUUGUCAGAAAUUCCAAAAUAAAACAUUUGACACUUGUUUUAUUGAAGAUACACAUUGCUUCAGUUCAUAUCAUGGAUAUGAUGCAACUGCUCUGUGCACAUUAACAGUUUCUGCCUUCCCAAAUAAAGUACAGGAAAACAUAAUCUGAUGAUCUGCUUCUCCCAAUUUGCUAAAUUAGCACACUGACCUAUAAAAUAAUCUACCCAAGAGUACACUAACAAGCUAUUAUAAAGCCUAUUGCUUUCCAUCAAGUGUGCAGUGAUAUUCUCCAUUUAAUCUGAUACAUAGCUUCUUCACCUCUCUCACUGGAAGUAGUUGGAUGCCACAGGAUAUACAGAGAAUGAAAACAGGUCAGCUAGAGUUUCCCUACCAACAUGAAAUUAUUGAUUCUUGUUGCCUGCCUUCUGAAUGUGGCCAUCACAGUGCCUGUCCGGGAAAGACACCCAUCAAGAGUCACAAAGAAACCAGAAACAGAACAUCAUGGUGUCAGAAGACGUGUUGAGAGGUCAGCAAGUGGAUCCAGUGAAAUGCGCAUGACUCGCUUCAUAGUCCCUCGACAACAGCAAGCAGAUAUACCUCCAGUACCUCCAGUACCAAACAUACCUCCUAUACCAAUACCGGUUCCUGUACCAAUACCACUUGACCCAACUGCGAUAAAUGCUGCAGGGAUGCCGAUAGCUCAAUACCUAGUUCCAGCACCUGCUCAGUUUUACCCUGGAUUUCCUGGAAUGGCGGUAAGAUCUGCAUUGCCGCAUACUCAGGGCUUUCCACCUAUCCUAGGGGUGUCUUCCCAAAUGGCUUGGAUGAGAAACCCUAACUGUCCCACAGAGUAUCCCGGCUUGGGGAAAGCUAACCGCUUGGAAGAUCUUCCUGGACCUCAUCAGCUAUGACCAUAGCAUCCAGUAAUAGAAUUCUUGCAGAUAUGGAGUCUCUUGGUGUCAAUGAAAACGUGAGAGAGAUCAUCCAAGAAGACUUACCUAUUUCUAAUUUCCUGCUACAGUUGCCAACCACAGCUUUAGUGCAUUCUAAAUGUCAUAUUUACUCUAAAUGUUUUUAAAAAAUUGUCUUCAUUUCAUUGAUAACAAUGUACAUUUCCAUUGUGAAGUUACGUUCUUUAUGAUAUGCAAAACCAUCUAAUAAGGCAAUGAUUGGUAAAAUGCAGAAUACUUUCAUCUCACUUAUGGAGUUUUUAAAAGAAACCCUAAGCUUUGAUUUUCCAAUCUAUCUGAGUUCAUUUGAUUAAAAUGUCUCACAGCUUCCAAGCUAAUAUAUUGUGUUCUGUUUAUUGCACAAAUGCAUUACCUCUCUAAUAAAAAAUGCCUAAGUAAAUAAUA